AUUUGACCAGCCCAUCGACGAUCGAUCCUCCGGAAGCAUGGCGGCGCCCAAGAUCGCCGUGGUCCUCCUGGCCGUGGCGGCGGCGCUCUUCGCCGCUGCGGGGGCAGCGAACCCGCCCAAAGAUGGAGCCGGCCAGUGCUUUCAGUGCUACUCCUCUUGCCUGCACAAGUGCGCCGGCGGCUCCGGCUCCAUCCGCCCUAUCAAUGGCACUCGGCCUGGCGGUGGCGCCAACAUAGUCGACGCAUUCACCGUCCGCUCCACCGGCGAUGGUACAACGAUGGCCACAGCCGCCGAUGCCGCAGUCGCCCCAGCCCCCAGCGGCGACAAGGACAAGGGCAAGGACAAGGACAAGGAUAAGGACAAAGACGAGGAUGAGGACGAAGACGAGGACGAGGACCGCGGCGAUAGCGCCGGCGCCGGCAGCUGGUACGACUACUACAAGUGCAAGAAGACGUGCCUGGUGGACUGCUACAAGGACCUGCCGCCGGUGUGCUUCAGGAUGUGCGUCGCGGAAACCUGCCUCGCCCUGCCACCAUGCAACCAAACGGCUUGCUUCAAAGCAUGCGGGUACAAAUGCUUCCACAGCCAGCCCAGCCCCGGUCCGAAGCCCCCCAGCCCCGCACCACCGAAGCCCUCGCCUCCGCGCCCACCGAAGCCCACACCUCCACCGCCGGCGCCGACUCCUCCUCCUCCGAUGCCCAUGCCUCCGCCUCCGACGCCCAUGCCACCACCAACUCCCAUGCCUCCGAUGCCGCCAAUGCCUCCCAUGCCGCCGAUGCCACCAAUGCCUCCCAUGCCGCCGAUGCCGCGCCACUGAUGCCCUAGGAAAAGUUUGCUUAAGUACCAAUGUCCUGUGCUUUAUCCAACAAAUUAGAUGCAUGUAUACUUAUUCUUUGCCACCGGGGAUAAAAGAAGAAACACAUAUAUAUGAUGAUAAUUGUUUAUGAUUCUAAAUUAACCUUUUUAUAUUGAUUUUCGUGUCAGAUAUCAUAAAAAAUAUUUGUUAUAGAGAUUUGAGUUAUUUAA